AUGAUCAGUGAUCAGCCCAUCUUUUGGCAGGCACGAGAUGAGAAGGAAGUAGUAGAGUGCAAAGGCACAGUUUCCACAGUUUCCAUUAAUCCCGGAGAGCUGUGUGAUAGUGGGAGAAGCAGUGGUAAACCUCAGACUAAAACUGGUAUUGCAUUGUUGUAUGAUGAAGUAUCUGAAAAUGCUUAUGACAUCCGACUGAAACUUACAAAAGAGGUAUUAACAAUUCAAAAACAAGAUGUCGUCUGUGUUAGUGGAAGUGAUCACAGUGCAAAUCACAGAACUGUUACACUUCGUAGACAACCAGUUGGUGGCUUGGGCUUAAGCAUAAAGGGUGGUGCUGAGCACAAAGUGCCUGUCGUCAUAUCAAAAAUAUUUAAAGACCAAGCAGCUGAACAGACAGGAAUGUUAUUUAUAGGAGAUGCAAUAAUACAGGUUAAUGGUAUAAAUGUAGAAAGUGCUACCCAUGAAGAAGUGGUACACCUGCUGCGAAAUGCUGGCGAUGAAGUUACCAUCACAGUUCAAUACCUCAGGGAAGCUCCAUCAUUUCUAAAGCUCCCAUUAGGUUCCCCUGGACCAUCCAGUGAUCACAGCAGUGGAACUUCAUCACCUCUCUUUGACAGUGGCUUACAUUUAAAUGGAAACUCAACUAACACGGCUCCAUCAUCACCUUCUUCACCCAUAGCUAAUGAACCAAAAUACGAGAAGCGCUGGCUAGACACCUUAUCAGUUCCUCUGUUGAUGGCUCGAAUCUCGAGGUACAAAACUGGAACAGAUAAAUUAAGAUCUAAUGCAUUUGAAGUGCUGGCACUCGAUGGAGUUAGUACUGGGAUACUUCAGUUUUAUACAGCCCAGGAGAGUGCUGACUGGCUGAGAGCAAUGUCAACUAACAUCAGUGAUUUGACACUUCAAAAUAUGAAAAUGGCAAAUAAAUGCUGUUCUCCCUCUGACCAGGUCAUACAUAUGGGAUGGGUAAAUGAGAGACUUGAAGGAACUGAUUCAUCUCAGCUCUACAAAUUCAAGUUUCUGGCCCUGAAGGGUUCAUCCUUCUACAUUUUCAGCACUCCACCGGUAAGCACACUAGACUGGGUACGAGCUGAAAAAAUAUAUAACCUCUGUGAGGUUCUGUUUAAAAUUCACAAGCUCUGGCUUGCUGAUGAUUGCUGGCUACAAGCAAACUUGUAUUUAGGUAUUCACCAGGACUUCGAUCUUGAAGACCAGAGGCCGUAUUGUUUCAGUGUUAUGGUUGGACAUGGCAAGAGCCAUUAUUUCAACGUAGAGCUGGGCAGUGAAUUGGCAGUGUGGGAGAAAUCAUUUCAAAGAGCAAUUUUCUUGGAAGUUCAAAGAACGGGGUCUAAAACAUAUAUGUGCAGUUGGCAAGGGGAUACCCUGUGUUUCACAGUCGACUUUGCUCUAGGAUUUACCUGUUUUGACAGUAAAACGAAGAAUGUGCUGUGGAGGUUUAAAUUCUCUCAGCUCAAAGGCUCAUCAGAUGAUGGGAAAACAAGAGUAAAGCUGCUUUUUCAAAAUCUAGACACCAAACAAAUUGAGACAAAGGAACUUGAAUUUCAGGAUCUGACGGCAGUUUUACACUGUAUUCACUCCUUUAUAGCAGCAAAAGUGGCAUCUGUGGAUCCAGUAUUCAUAGACAGUCAGAGUAUUGCAAGAAAAUAUAUGUACAGUAACUGAUACUAGA